AUGGCGAUCGAGUCACGAUUGCGCUCGAGGCCGCGGAGGAUCUGUGCCAGCAGAGAGCAAGUCGGGUCGGAUCAGGGUGAGAUGGCGACAAAAUCACCGCAGGGCAUGGUCCGCGAGUCAGCCUUGUUGCAAGCCGAGGGCGGCGCGCGCUGGGCCGAUACCAAUGCCAAUGAGCAUGCCACCAAUGGUGCAGGCGGGAAGCAGGCGAGACGUGCUCGAUGGGCCGGAGAGGACAAGCAGACGCUUGGGGGAAAGGGGAGGCUAUCGUCGACUGCAGUUUCGUGUGGCGGCAAUUGGGGUGGUGGCCUUGCUGUGUUUCCACGUCUGCUUCUGCUUCUGCGGCGCUGCAGAAAGGGCACGCUUGCUGCUAGGCCGUACUGGGCACUGGGGGGGCUUUAG